GCCAUAGAAUGGAGCUGUAAUCAGACGAUCUGGGUAGAAAGAAAGAAAAAAAACUGCUCUAAUGUGAAGGGGGUGUGUGUGCGCGCGCGCGUGUGUGCGCAUUUGCAUACAGCUGAAUGGCUUUCGCGUCCCGCACGUUACACCCGCAUGAGGGCGAUAGAGGGACACGCGUAGCAACAAUAGGAGGCACGCUGCUGCCGAACCUUAAAACGCACGGGUGGCCAUGAAACGGCACACGCCAACAUCAAGAUUAAACACACCCACAAUAACCUACACAUGGGAGUUGGAAAUCUCUGCGUCUGCAAAACCGUGCGUAAUUUCUCACUCCAGCAAUGAUUAUUUGGAUCCCUGAUAACAUAUUCAUUAUUUUAGUAUAUCACAUCUAAUAUUUCUGUGUGUAUUUUUAUAAAAUAAAAUCGAUCACAUAUUCCUUGGUAUUCAAUUGAUUUUAUUUGUUUAUAAAAUAAAGGACAUUAAUAGAAAAGUUUAUCUCAUCAAUUGUCAACAGUACUUGGAAAUCACUCCAAUCAGUUCUCCUUGUUUGUUAUGUUGUAGUACAGAAAAUUUCAAAGUAAAGGCUCUGCAAAAACCCCGUCCUCAACGCUCCUCAGCCGCAUUGUCGGCCAAUUAGAUAAGCAAUUGAGUGGAACCAGGGCAGAGGGGCGCAUGGAGUGAGACGGUGAUUGAAAUCCUGCUUCCCUGAAGUUUCUGUGGCCCUUCAUUGUCCUCACGUUCUGAGUCCAUACAAUGUGCGUUCAUUCGUCGUAUUGUGCGCUAAAAAUAAGUCAACAGAUGUUGCCUCUUGUUAAUAGUCGCCCAGUGUCCAUGGUGGUCAGUCAGCACCGUGCCACUGGGUAUUAAAUCUGGAUAAUUGUUGUUGGGUUGGAAGGGAAGGGGAUUGACUGCGUGAAGUGGGCGGUGCCAACUCGGUGACUGGCAGUUUAUGUAAUGAGCAGCGCCGUGCAAGUCUAUAUAUCUGGGAGGAGACUCACGACGGUUCAUUCACUAGUAAUAAGACGAGUGAUGUACGUCCGUGGCGCACUGACGCACCGACUUCACCACCAAAACAAGCCCUGAGACGCGCACACACAGAGGAGUGCCCGUUGUGGAGUACAGCACCAUGCAAGGAGAGGACGCCUGCUGACAGACAGACAGAGAGACAGACCGACAGACGCACGUCUGUGGAUUUUAGUCUUCACUCACCUUUGGAUAACUUGGGCGAUUGGAAGCGCUUUCUCUUGGACGCUUUUGACGCACAGAAACCAGGAGCUACAGGAGAACUCCCCGGGAGUGAAGAAGGAUUUAUAUUCUGCUUUAGAUUUUUUUUUAUUUUUUUUUAUUUUGCGUUCCUCGGUGUGAAUACUUUGGAAUAGAGAGGUUCUGCUCUUCUUGGCUGGUGACGCGCUGCCCUGGAGAAGAGAGAAGGAUGGCAGCUUGGUUCACCUUUACCAUCGCAUUCAGCACCACGUUAAUAACACAGGUGUUUGGCUCUGGCGUUUUUGAGCUCGAUCUUCACGAAUUUAAAAAUCACAAAGGUUUGCUUUCAAACGGGAGCGCAUGCAGACCCAGCUGCAGGACUUAUUUUAGAAUUUGCCUAAAGAACUAUCAAGCUGUGGUCUCACCAGGUGACUGCGUCUUUGGAAGUACAAUGACACCAGUGCUGGGGAGCAACUCAUUCAGCGCCAAGGACAGUGGCACUUUACCCAGACCCAUCCAGAUACCCUUCAACUUUGGAUGGCCGGGGUCAUUUUCAUUAAUAAUUGAAGCCUUACAUUCACCUUAUGAAAAUCUACCUGUAGAUACCAACAACCAAGACUUUUUGAUUAGUUUUUUUGCCGUUCAGAGACAACUGGGUGUUGGGACUGAGUGGUCUCAGGAUACACAGAGUGGAAAGCAAACAGAGUUGAAAUAUUCAUACCGGUUCAUCUGCAACGAGAGUUUUUAUGGAGAAAGUUGUUUGAUAAAAUGCUCCCCAAGAGAUGAUCGUUUUGGCCACUACACCUGCACCAGGGAUGGUCAGUUAUCCUGUCUACCUGGCUGGAAGGGGAAAUACUGUGAAGAACCGAUCUGUCUGGAGGGCUGCAGUGAGGGGAAUGGAAACUGCUCCAGACCUGGGGAGUGUGUAUGCAGAGAUGGCUGGCAAGGCACAUUCUGCGACGAGUGUAAGAAGUACCCGGCCUGUAAGCACGGUACCUGCCAGAUGCCAUGGCAAUGCAACUGUCAGGAGGGCUGGGGAGGCCUAUUAUGUGACCAAGACCUCAACUUCUGCACCCAUCAUCAUCCCUGUGUAAAUGGCGCCACCUGUAUGAACACAGGCCAGGGAAGCUACACCUGUACCUGUCUGCCGGGUUUCACAGGGGUCAACUGUGAGCUGGAGAUGCAGGAGUGUGACAGCAACCCCUGCAGGAACGGAGCGACGUGCACAAAUUUGGAACACAGCUACAACUGCACGUGUCCACGAGGGUUUGAGGGGUCCCACUGUGAGCACAGCCUGUUGACAUGUGCCGAUUCACCCUGCUUCCACAGUGGCAAGUGCUGGGAGAAAGACAAUGGCCGCAGCUACAUGUGUGAGUGUCCCCGGGGCUACACUGGACUCAACUGUGAGAGGAAAGUGGACAAGUGCACGUCGCUUCCCUGUGCUAAUGGUGGCCUCUGUGUGAUCCAAGAUGGAGUACGGUGUAGCUGCCGUGCAGGAUUUACUGGCCAGCGUUGUGAGAUUAACAUCAAUGAAUGUGCAGGAAACCCCUGCCUUAACGGAGGCACCUGCCAAGACAGAAUCAACGACUACACCUGCACCUGCCCGCUAGGUUAUGGUGGACGGAAGUGUGACAGAAUCCUGGACGAAUGCUCCGUUAGCCCUUGCCUCAAUGGUGGCAUCUGCUUUGGAGGCGGUGGACCAGGAAAGCCUCCUUCGACCUGCAUCUGCCCCUCGGGGUUCACUGGACCUCGUUGCGAGUUCUUUGCCGCCGUGACUUCCCCUGUGACCAAUGCAGACGCCCACGAUGGCUUCCAGUGGGCAGCCAUUUCCCUGGCUGUGGGCCUGGUGGCAUUGUUGGUACUGUUGUGCAUGGUGGGCCUGGCUUUGAGGCACAUCCACAGGCAGGCCCAAAGGGACAGGGGAGACACAGAAACUAUGAACAAUCUGUCAAAUUUCCAGAGGGACAACCUGAUCCCAGCGUCACAGUUAAAAAACACCAACCAGAAAAUCGGCCUGGAGGUGGACUGUGAUUCAGAGAAAUCGAACUUUAUCCAUAAAAACUAUCACUUGGACUCAUACAACUCAAAAUCGAAAGAGUUUAAGGACGAAAAGACACCCGAGGAUAAAAGUCUUAUUUAUGACAAGUGUUUAGGAGAUAAAAUUCCCUUAAGUAGAGUGUACAGUGAAAAGCCAGAGUGUAGGAUAUCAACAAUAUGUUCCUCAAGAGACUCCAUGUACCAGUCGGUAUUUGUUAUAGCAGAAGAACGAAGGGAAUGCGUAAUAGCGACAGAGGUAUAAAUUGUGAGUAAUGGAGGAAUAAUUCAGUGAAAGAAAAAGGUGUAACAAAACGUGCUGGAUUGUUUACAAAUGCUGAAAAGAGACUGGAGAUUGUUAUAGAUGUCCACUGCUGCUCUGGAAGACUUGAGAACUGCAAAGGGCAGAGACUUCUGCUCAUGGAAAAAAAAAAGAACAGAACUAAGAAACUCUACGUUGACCGAGUGUUUGUAUGCAAACCUGUACAGCGAAGGACCUCUGUGUUAGUUGUGACAUUGGACUUGUUUCACAGAGCGGUGAAAAGACAACAAGGCAUGAAGACUAAAGCAUAUUCAUAUAUUAAUUUAUAAAUUCAGCCAUCAUGGACAGUUAAAGGAGGCACUGGUGGAUGAUUGCCCCUCAUAUCUGACUUGUGUGAUAAUCAUGACUUUGACAGCCAACCAAUCAGAUGAAAUGGUGCCUAAGAUGUGACCCUUCCAAACUCCCACUACAUGAACUCCUGCCAGCUUCGCCUGCUAUGCAAGACUCAGGGUCGAGACAAGUGAACUCGCCCACCGUCACAAUCCAACCACUCGAACACUGGGAGCUAUGAAUGUCUGAAGCUAAUCUUCAGCUGUCAAUCGCAUGUAAAUGACUGGCUGGAUUUUUCCACGCAAUGGUGAAGAUUGUAUGCAGCCCAAAUUCACUAGAAGCCUUAAAUGGGAGGAGGGGUGGGUUAAACAUUAAAUUUGUGUCCUUGUCUGUUCUUGGAUCAUUUGCACUACAGACAACAUAACAAGACAACAGAGGGGCAGGGGGGUUUUUUUAAUCAACAGCGAUUUGAAGAGGAAACCCACAGGAAUGCAAUAGCCAGCGCUGUGCCAGCAAGAUCCAAAAUGAAAGGGAAAAGUCUGCAUAAAACUAUGCAACUCAACUGAAACAAAAAAAACAAAUUGAAAGACUGUCACGCCACUGCCUGCCUAUAUGUUUUAAAAUACAGAACCAAUAAUGUAAUUUUUAAAAUUAUUAUUUGCAGAGUUUAAUUUAAAUGACACACUGCUCUUUAUAGGUUUUAUAUUAUUUUGUAUAUAAUGCAUAUUUAUAAGGACCAAACUUCUGAAGAAUAAAACUUCCUCGCAAACUGUUUUUAAUUUGAUGUCAGAAAAAGAAAAUUAUUUUUGAGGUGUUUUUAAAUACUGAAAAUACUAAUGAAAUAAUGAGUACAAAUGAU